AUGACAUCGUUUCAUCCUGGUGGCUGUCAUUUAUUUCAAAAAUGGGUCGAAGCUUCGACAUUCAAGGCAGUGACUAAGAAGGCAGUGGUAGACUUUGUUCGCAAUAACAUAGUUUGUCGGUUUGGAAUUCCAGAAUCAAUCAUAACAGAUAACGCAGCCAACCUCAAGAGCUAUCUUAUGAAGAAAACUUGUGAAAGGUUAAAGAUUGCUCAUCGAAAUUCCACAGUUUAUCAGCCGCAGAUGAAUGGAGCAGUGGAGACUGCAAAUAAGAGUAUCAAGAAUAUUUUAAGGAAAAUAGUAGAUAGUCACAAACAAUGGCAUGAGAAACUACCAUUGACCAAGGCAUUCAAAAAGAAAGUUAAACCUCGACAAUUUACACUGGGGAAAUUAGUAUUGAAGAAGAUCUUUCCUCACCAAGAAGAAGCCAAAGGGAAAUUUGCACCAAAUUGGCAAGGACCUUACAUGGUUCAUAGGGUACACUCUAGAGGAGCAGUAAUCUUAGAAGAAAUGGAUAGCAGAGGCAGAAAAAAGCCGAUCAGUUCAGAUGCCAUCAAGAAAUACUACAUCUGA